AUGGACAAAGAUUGCGACAUGUUAUAUAAGAACAUCUCUGACAUAUAUAAAUCUGGGGAGUUUAAGACAUACGACAACUUUGUUUCAUUAGCUGCAAAAUGUGUAUGGCAGAUAAGAGAUAAAGAUAGAAGAGGUAAGGUAUGGCAUGAACAGAUAAAACCAACUGCUUCAGAUUUAAAGAAAACCAUUGACGCCUUGGUUGUUUUAGCAGGUAAGGUUUCAAUGUAUAACGCAAAAAUGAACCCGCAAUGUUCUAAAUGUAAAGCAGCAAUUAGGAAAUAUAACUACUCAGUCAAAGAGAUAGAAAGAAUGCGAAACGACUAUGCAGACUUAAAGAAAGAAGCAGAGAAGCCGGUAGAAGAUAAAAUGGACAUGUCAGAAUUUCUGAAUAAAAACUAUCCAACUGCUGACGAUUUCCUUCUAUCUGACGUCAAGAAGAAGUAUAAAGAAACUUUCGGCAUUGUUAAAACAUUCGAUGUACUAAAAGAAGAAAUAGAAGCUACAAAACUGUUUAGAGUCUCACGAAUUCAUAACGUUUACCAUGUGAAACGUUUAUAA